AUGGCUUCCGUACUAAACUCUGUCUACUCAAUCCGCUUAUCGUCCAACCCGCUUCGAACUCCACAGCUUUCUGCCCCACCAAUUUCUCAUUCUUUCGGCAGACGGAGGCUCGUGGUGAAAUCUACAGAAACAGAUACAGACGAAGUAAGAGCAAAGGCACUAGACAAGGCCCCGGCUGAGAGUGGUUCAAGCAUUAAUCAGAUUCUUGGUAUCAAAGGAGCUAAACAAGAAACUGAUAAGUGGAAAAUCCGGGUUCAACUUACAAAGCCUGUUACAUGGCCGCCUCUUGUGUGGGGUGUGGUUUGUGGAGCUGCUGCAUCUGGGAACUUCCACUGGACGUUGGAAGAUGUAGCUAAAUCAAUUGUUUGUAUGCUUAUGUCUGGCCCUUUUCUAACUGGCUACACUCAGACAAUAAAUGAUUGGUAUGAUAGAGAGAUUGAUGCCAUUAAUGAGCCUUAUCGUCCUAUUCCUUCAGGCGCAAUCUCUGAGAAUGAGGUGAUUACACAAAUCUGGGUGCUGCUUCUUGGAGGUAUCGGGUUGGCUGGUUUAUUAGAUGUGUGGGCAGGGCAUAAUUUCCCAGUGAUAUUUUACCUCGCUCUCGGUGGAUCCUUUUUAUCGUAUAUUUACUCAGCUCCACCACUAAAGCUUAAACAGAAUGGAUGGAUUGGCAAUUUUGCCUUGGGAGCAAGCUAUAUUAGUUUGCCUUGGUGGGCUGGUCAAGCUCUGUUUGGGACCCUUACACCUGACAUUAUAGUUCUAACACUGCUGUAUAGCACUGCCGGGCUUGGUAUAGCAAUUGUAAAUGACUUCAAAAGCAUUGAAGGAGACAGGAAAAUGGGGCUACAGUCACUUCCAGUAGCUUUUGGCACUGAAACUGCUAAAUGGAUCUGUGUUGGUGCCAUCGACAUAACUCAGUUAUCUGUGGCAGGCUAUCUUCUAGCUUCUGGCAAAUCAUAUUAUGCUUUAGCGCUUCUAGGCUUAAUCGCCCCACAAGUCUUUUUCCAGUUCAAGUACUUUCUCAAAGACCCGGUUAAAAAUGAUGUCAAAUAUCAGGCCAGUGCUCAACCAUUUCUUAUACUUGGUCUAUUGCAUGGAAAAGAGUUAUGUAAAGGGAAUGGAACUCUUCAUUGUGCUCCUCUGGUACUGCUGGAGGCUCACCGCGGUUCAUUGCCUUUAGGGAGGGUGGAGUCCGUUUGCAGUAACGUCAUUGACGCCAUUCAUAAUCCUAGCAUCCAUGCCUUGAAGGUGGCCGUCAUAAGCAGCAUCAGAGGCUCAAGAUCAUCGUUCCUAGCUUUAUCAUUAUAUCUUAUUCGAUGUGAAGCAAAUGACAUCGCUCAUGUCGUUGCAAAACUUUCAGGAGUGUGUGUGGAUCGAUUGCCUUCUUGA